AUGGGCCCUUCAAACGAAGCUAUCCCCAUAGAUGCUCGCCCCAUUCCUCUGCCAGAAUUACCUGAAUUCCAGACAGGAACAGGAACAGGAAGCAGUUCGCCUGAGCUCGAGUCCUUUUCCAAUGGCCUCUCCCAUUCGCUAUGGCUACCUCAGACUCAUGCCUCUGAUUCAACCACGAGGCGAGUCUAUCGUGGAUUCGCAGACGAGAAGGAAGCUACCUUCUUUGCCUGUUGUCGCCAGUAUCCAAAGGCUGUGGGUUGGUCGCUAUUACUGUUCCUGACUGUUGUAAUGGAAGCAUAUGAUAAGUCCCUGGUAACUGGUCUUUUUGCUUUUCCUGCAUUCAGACAAAAAUAUGGCCAGCCAACGGGGGAUCUAGAUGAUCGUAUGUACGAGAUCUCACCCUCAUGGCAGAUGGGCCUGCAGAACGCUGCCAUUGUCUGUGAGAUCAUAGGCCUUUUGGCACAUGGCUACAUCACCGAUCUAAUUGGAUACCGAAAGAUGAUGCUCGUCAGUUUAUUAUGGAUGUGCAUCGCUGUGUUCCCUGCAUUCUUUGCCGAUAGUAUUGGCGUCUUAUUGACAUCGCAAGCUCUAUCCGGUCUAUCAUGGGGUGUGAUCGAAAUAUUAGCUGCUACAUAUGCAGCUGAAGUCGUUCCAAAUGCCUUGCGCCCUUUUGUCCUAAGCAGCAUUAAUAUGUGCUGGCUUGUAGGACAGGUGAUUGGUACCGGCAUACUUCGUUCCCUUGUUCAUGAAACUUCACAAUGGUCAUAUCGCCUCCCUUUUGCGCUUCAAUGGGCGUGGGCGAUACCGUUGUUGUUCGGCGUGUGGUUUGCGCCUGACAGCCCAUGGUGGCUUAUCCGCCAUGAACGAACAGAAGACGCGAAAAGAGCUCUAACACGCCUUUGCAACAAAAAUUCUACCGACAUCGAAGACACUAUCUCACUAAUGAAACAUACCAACAAGAUGGAGAAAGACUACAACUACGGAGGAGCCAGCUACAAGGAUCUCUUCAAAGGAGUCAAUCGACGCAGGACUGAGAUCUCAUGUAUCGCGUGGGUAUGUCAGGGACUAAGCGGGUGGUCGCUCACAUCUUACGCGCCAUAUUUCUUCGAGCAGGCCGGCUUCAGUGCAUCUAUCUCGUUCAACCUCUCAACAGCCUGUUACGGAGUCGGUAUUGCGGGCGGUAUCAUUGCUUGGGGUUUACUUCCCUUCGUAGGACGACGAAGACUCUACCUCUGCGGACUUCUAGCGCCGAUCUGCCUUUUGACCGCUGGCGGUAUCGUUUGGGCGUUGCUGAGCGACCGAACUGGCGCGAAUUGGACGCUGGGCGGAAUCAUUAUCGCCAUGACUUUUAUAUACGACAUGACCAUCGGCCCGGUCUGCUAUAUCGUGGUCGCCGAGAUCCCUUCUACUCGACUACGAGUCAAGACCGUUGCUCUAGCAAGAGUAACAUACAACCUUUGCCUAAUAUUUAACAACAUCAUUAUGCCCAAAAUGCUAAACCCAUCCGCCUGGGAUAUUGGCGGCGCAUCAUGCUUUUUAUACGCAGGAACGAGUUUUUUCUGCUUAAUAUGGUGUUACUUCAGACUUCCUGAAACGAGGAAUCUUACUUAUUUGGAGCUCGAUAUUUUAUUCGAGAGGAAAGCACCCACGCCAAAGUUCAAGGAGCUGCAGGAUAGGCUUGAGGAUAGUGCGUAUCUCUCCAUGUCGAGAGCGGAACGAUUAACGAAUUGGCAUGGCUGGCUAGCUUAUUCAUAA